AUGGAGCUACAUACAUAUUCUGUUCGAGCGAUUAACGGUCGUCAUUCUCUCCGAAAGCAGACAUCUGCUCUUGCUUCCAAUUCACGUCGCCGAAUACAUAGUGAUCUCCCCUCUGUUUGCUCCACCUCUACGGCACAUGCCCGACAUCCUUCUAUUCGGAAUAACAAUGCUGUGAUCAGUGCUGACGAUGAGGAAGGUGAUGAGAUAAUGGAUGAAGCUGACAAAGAAAAUGCAACAGAUGAGUGCGAUGAGUAUAUCGAGGAUUGCGAGGAUUGUGAGGUCGAUCGUCAUUUAAAUUCGUGUUCAUCACCUGGCUUCGGUGUACAGAGGGCAUCGAUGAGACUAAUCGGCCGCCGAUCAGCUAUUUCACCUUGUGCAUGCGAUUCGUUAUCAGACGUAGCACGCAAGAGAGGCAGACCGAAAGGCAGCAGUAAACGACACAACAUUUUCACUUCUGAAGAAUCUUCCUUAGAAGAAGAGGAUGACGCUGGUGAGGAGACAGAUGAGGAAGAUGAGCAACAUCAGGAGAUUAUUGAGAACACUAAUAUUGCCGAAGAGGGUAUAGAGAACGGAAUCAUCUACAAAUAUAAGGAAGGAACCUUGGAGGUGGGUGACGAAUCGCCCCGUUCUUUAGCUGCUUCAUCAACUACAUCGAUUGUAGCGGGGCCUUCUUCCGCAAACAAGCUGUCUGGAGAUGUAGUACUGUCUAAUGGGGAAUCAGAGCAGUGCCUAAUUGGUUCUCCGAUUGAGGUUGGAUCU